AGAUAGAGAAAUCGGAGAAAUGUUCGUAACGCUCCACUUGGUGUAUAUUUUGCAGGGUUAUUCUCGAUUUAAUUUCGUUGGUCGUUUUUGUUUUGAUCUCUACUUUAUUGAGUUUGCCCUUUCUGCACUUGUUGAUGUUUACUGUUCACUGUCUCCAUAAUGACCACUAGGCUUUCCAAAACCAUAUUGGUAUAUGUCUGCGCGGGUGGAUCCGCUUUGUUUCUGUCAAAUUUCGGCGACGUUAACAAGCCACAAACAAAUUUACUUUCGAGAUUGAAAGUGAACUGCGCUACAGCUGAUGCUUUUAUUAAAACGAAAAAAAUUGUAAACGAAAAAGAUGCAAGCUGGGACUGGAAUUGGGACAAAAGAAAUCAUCAAUCACUUAAUGACGUUUCAAAAUCAGAAAGAACCAAGAAACAUUACAUUUUUGUGAGACAUGGAGAGUAUAACUUGAAAGGGUAUAACGACGAAGAAAAGUAUUUGACAAAAUUGGGACAAGAGCAAGCAGAUAUGACAGGACAAUGGCUGUCUGGCUUGGAUUUAAAUUAUACGAAAAUUGUGCAGUCAACCAUGACACGGGCUAAAGAAACCUGUGGAAUUAUAUCGAAAUAUUUGCCCGAUGUUGAAGUUGAAACAACAGAUUUAUUAAGAGAAGGAGCACCUAUUCAACCAGAUCCACCCAAUAGAGCAAAUGAACCAGAGCUUAAAUAUUUCUCGGACUCUCAACGGAUUGAAUCUGCCUUCAGGAAGUUUGUUUUCCGACCGAAACUUUCAGAUUCCGAUGAACCAGUCGAGGUUUAUGUUUGUCAUGCCAAUGUUAUUCGUUACUUUCUGUGCAGAGUUGCACAGUUUCCCCCGCAAGGCUGGUUGAGAAUUAGUCUUCGUCAUGGCAGUGUUACCUGGGUUACUGUGUAUUCUGAUGGAGAUGUUUGGAUAAGAUCCAUUGGAGACGCAGGGUUUAUGCCACCACAUAAAUUGUCUAGAUAAUUUUAAAUCACUGUUUUUUUUGUUUAUUCACAUGCUGAAAUGCUAUAAAAAGGUGACAAGCUCUCACUCGAAAACAGAGAAAUAGCUUGUAAAACGAACACUAAUAAGUUAGAAUGCAUAUGAAUGAUAUAUAAGGGUGGACUUAAUUGAAUGGAAAUAAAUUAAAGCAAUUGAAUCAAAUAUAUUAGAUUAGUGGUUCCCAACCUUUUUCAGCUCGCGACCCCCUAUGGUGGUUUACACAUACCUUCGCGACCCCCUUCCUCACUUUCUAUACUUUACAAUAAAAUAAGCGGCAAAUUUGAUUUUUCAUCAAGCUGCAGUUUUAUUAAAUGUGAUGGCUGGCUUGGAACCGCGUAGCCAACUGCGUAAUUCGUGGUUGAGUUUUUGACAGAGCUAAUCUCAUGUCAUCCUCGACUUUCAUUAGAUUUCGUGCCUAUGUUUUUAUAUGAAAAAGAAGCUGAAAAUCCGAUUUCAUUUUCAUAUUGUCUCUUCUUCGCCAUGGUAAAUAAAAUAACUGAAUUAUAACGUUACUGCAGGAUGUAUGAUAAUCUUCACGAUGAAACAACAUAGACAACCCCUUGGUAUCGAAAUCCCACAGCCUUGCUUCGAAGCAUUGCGCGAAAUGCUGUCGAGUUCGUGUGACGUCACAAUGGCUAACAUGCCAUAAAACUCUCGCGCCGCUUGCUAACAUUCUGGGGUGUCACGACAGCUAGUGGAAAUCUCUCGGAGGCGAAGGAGAGUCAAUUCCAGACUUCUUCGCGUUCUAUCGCCAAUAUUUAAUCUGCGGCUUUGUAUUAUUUUCUACUGUUUUGCAACAACUUCGCGACCCCCCUAGAAACCCGUCGCGACCCCCAGGUUGGGAACCACUGUAUUAGAUUGAGUUUUGAAUGAUAUUUUUCAAAAAGCAAAAGUAUUGUACUGGUAUGUAUAAUUUGGCUGUAAAUUGAAUUGAAAUAAAUUUUAUGUAACUUGAAUUAAAGACUGAAGAAAACUAAAGUGUUUGCAGUUACUUAUCUUUUGUAUAGCAUCAUAUGUAUAUUUUAUGCAGAAUUGAAUUUUAUUGCACAGACAAUCUUAAUCAAUAUCACUAUUGAACAGCAGAAAAUCGCUAACUUCAUUUCAACUUUUUUUAUUGGGUAGUUGUAAUUGUAUAUCUGUAACAUGUCAUAUUAUGCACAUUUCACAGUCUUUUUACUGUCAUUUAUUGCAGUGUUUCUAUUAUUGUGCCAUAAUAUUUUUGAUUCAUUAUAAAAAAAAUCUCAAAAGUGCUGCUGUAAUUAUUUUAUGCAUUUCAGGCAAUCUGUACAUUUUUUCAUCUAAACAUUUGGUGCUUGGUUUUUUUGGGGUGAAGAGUUUACAAAGUUAAAAUUCAAGUUGUGAUGUCUAUCCUACAUGUUACAAAGGCCAGUACAAAUGUUGUCCCUAUGUCUAGCAUACAAGCUCAGUGCAGUACAGUAUUUGGGCUACUGAUUUGAGCAAUGCAAAAAACGUUCUUUUCUGAACUUGUUACUGACUGCUUCUUUGUACGUAGCCACUCAUAUAAAUUUGUCAAAGCUAUCUCGGUUUCAUGACUCUUUCAAAAUUUAAUUUCUGAAUGAAAUGUUCUGAAUAAAGUCAAAAAAAUACUCAGGAGUGAACUGUGACCACACAGACUUGUUUUUUCUAUUAUGUGAACUCAUAUUCUGAAAUUUACUAUAUUGUGAAUGAUUGCAAAUAAUAAUUUAAAAUGCCCAUAUUAUGACGGAUUUGUAUUUCAUUAAAUUCUUUUUCUAUAAGUUUUAUUUCUAAAUAAUUCAACUUGUAUUAUCUAUUUUGUAUCAUUGAAUUAAAGAUGUACGGUAUGUGAUAUUCGUAUGGCAAAAAAUCAUAACUUUAUUUUCAAAAUUUUUCAGUGUUCUCAAAAACAGUGAUUUUGAUUUGUAUGAAAAUGCUUGUUCCUAGUCAAUGUUGACUCCAAAUCUUAAAAUCUAAAAUGAUGGACAAUCUGAACUAUUGUAUGUGCACCAAUAAUAUAAUCACUCAGGAAUUAAAUAUAUAUAAUCAAAUAUUACCCUUAUGUGUAUCUUGUCCAUAACCACUAGUGAAAUGGUGCAAAUUAGCAAUAAAAUAAUUGUUCUAUAAUUCCUGUUUUAUCAAAACUUCAGAUGCUAUUUAAUUAUAGAUAAAAUGACUGAAUUUUGAAUAACCAAAAAUGGCAAGUAAAAGUACAACAAAUUUAAGCAGUUUACAUAGUGUUGGAGUUUUGUGCAAUCUGGAUGAUCUAAGGAAACAUGAAAACUUAUGUGAUGUCAGUUUGUGUGUCGGCGGUUGUCAACUGUCUGCUCAUAAAGUUGUUCUCUCAGCAUGUUCACCAUACUUCAAGGCUAUGUUCACUCAGGACAUGGCAGAAAAAAAUCAAUCAUAUGUUACUUUUCACUGUGUAAAUGUCGAUGCAAUGGAAAUGAUUAUUGAUUUUGCCUACACUGGCAAACUACAGGUGACAGCGUCCAAUGUUCAGAGCCUUGUUCCUGCAGCUUGUUUAUUUCAAAUGCAUCUUAUUAUUGAUGAAUGUUGCCAGUUUUUGGAAUCACAAUUGCAUGUCAACAAUUGCAUUGGAAUAUGGAGAUUUGCUUAUGAUUAUGGUUUAAUUGAGUUGACUCAAGUUUUGUUUAAAUUCAUCAAUCAAAACUUUGAAGAAAUAUCAAAACUGGAUGAAAUACAUGAUCUUCCAGUUAAAUAUUUGAUCAAAAUUUUAUCAUCUGAUGAUUUGAAUGUUUCUUCAGAAGAAUCGGUAUUUCAAAUCCUGGAAUCUUGGAUCAUGUGGGAUGUGGAAGCAAGAAAAAUUAAUUUACCGAGAUUAUUAAAAUGUGUCAGAUUAUCUUUGUUAAGUGCAACAUAUUUGAGAAGAUCGUCACUGUUGAAUUCUUUAAUUUCUUACAAUUCGUUAGCAUGGGAUAUUAUGCAUUCUUCAGUGCAGGGUGAACUAACUCUUGAUCAACAACAUGUUCGGCCAAGGUGUGCACCCAAGUUACUUUGUGCAGUUGGAGGGAAGAACGGAUUGUUUGCUACAUUAUCAAGUUUGGAAAUCUACCUGCCAGCGAAAAAUGAAUGGAAAUCAAUGGCAGCCCUGCCUCAACCUCGAUAUGAAUGUAGUGCUGUUGUUGCUGACAGAAAACUGUAUGUCUUAGGUGGAAUUGUUUGUGAACCAUACAAACAACACUCAAACACAGUAGUAGUAUGGGAUCCUGAUAAAAACAAUUGGAUAAAAUCAGUUGAGAUGUUGAAAAGCAGAAGCAGUUUUGCAAGUGUUGUAUUGAAAGGUGAAAUCUAUGUUCUCGGAGGAUAUGAUGGGGAAUCGUAUCUCAAGCAUGUGGAGAAGUUUUCUCCUAGGAAAUCAACUUGGGAACGAGUAACCGACAUGAAACAAACAAGGAUUUGUUUUUCUGCCGCGGCAUUGCAUGAUUGUAUUUAUGCGAUUGGAGGAUAUGGUCCUGCACACCAGGAUAGUGUUGAGAUGUACAACACAACAACAAUGCAUUGGCAGAUGUUGAAACCGAUGUUGAAUAAAAGAAUAAACUUUGGUGUCACAGUAUACAAAGAUUCUAUUUAUGUUAUGGGGGGACACAGUGGGACAGCUCAUCUCAGGUCAAUGGAAAAAUAUGACACAGAAAAAGAAGAAUGGGAAUUAUGCAAUUCGAUGAGAAGGCCAAGAACAGGUAUUGGUACCGCUGUAAUAGAUGGCAAAUUCUAUGUUGUCGGCGGACAUUCGGGUCACGAAUAUCUUAACGAUGUAGAAUGUUAUGAUCCGGGCGAUAAAACAUGGGAGAGAUGUUCUGGGAUGAAUUCAGCUCGAUGUGCUUUUGGUCUGGUGGCAUUGUGACAUCAUCAUGGCCUUAACAGUAUUAUUAGUCUCCAAUGCUUACAUGAGAUAUUCAGUUAUCAUUAAUAUUCAAGAUGCAGUGCUUUAAGGCUAUGUCUCUCUAAGAAUUUGAAGAGUGCCAAUGGAGGACAUGGAACUGAAAUGCUAAGAACCUCUACGUAGUUUAUUCCUUGAGACAAAUAUGUCAGGAAAUAUCGAGACUUGAAACAAUUCACGUCAGCACUAGUGAGGAAAAAUUCAUUUAAAAAAGCGAAGGUCUUAAGCGAAAAAUAUUAACAUUCAUAAAAUUUCGAUAACUAACAGAAACCCCUAGGCAUGUAUAGAACUCGCUCCGGACCUGAAGCCGGCAUGUUGCAUAUAUAUUUUGAACAAGUACCUAUAUACUCUGUAUUGAUUACCUUUUCAUUUUAUUGGUUAAUUGUUAAUAUGUAUUCAUUCUCUGUAUGUUCAUUGUAAAAAGAGAUUAUGUGAAAUCUUAGUAUUCACCAGGAAUGUGGAGUAUUCACUCUUGUAUUGAGAGAUUACUUGACGUCUAAUGAAUAUUCAUCGUGACUGUGAAGUCAGCAUUUGCAUGUUUAUAUUGACAUUUUCAAACUCUCAAACUGGGAGCCAAAAGUAGAAUUCGAAUUUCUUUCAACUAGGAGUUGAAAUGAAUUCGUUUUCUAAAUUUCCGAAAGUUUGGGAGUAUUUUGUCGAUCUUCCCCAGACUUUGAUAUUCCCAGUCUUGGGCAUUUAGUCGCAUCACUCUAAGCAAGAUGCUUGCUUAAGCCGUUACUACAGUAUUCGAAGAUGACAUACCAAUGCAGGAAUACAAUAUUUUAUCCCACAUUUUUACAUAAAUGGAUGUGUAAAUCACUGGAGUUACAAUAUGAAAACAGAUCAGUACAAUAUGCUAUUGUAAAUUUUAUUCCCACCAGUAUACUUCAUUAAUUUGAACAAAAAAUAUUUUUCCAUGUAAUAAAUCUCGCUGGGAACUUUGGCUAGGGAAAGCUAAAUCCUUUUUAUAAGUUCACUGGCGUUAUUUGGUCCAUCUGUCCCAACUGACUAAAUGUCCGAUCUUUAUUUUCAAUAAAAAAAUAAACACAAAUCAGUAAGCUUUAAUCUAUUAGAUGCAUGUUUAAAAUUAUUUUCCAUCCCUAUUACAACCAUAUCCAAUUGUCAAUAGUUCAGCGUCCAUAUUUGUACUUCUGUAUAUAUAUAUAUAUACUCAUCACCUGUGUUCUUCAGACUUAUUACUUUAUAUUUUGUUGCUGCAAUAUUUUUUUGAAAUUUAAAUAAUGAUAUUGCCCAGAUUAUUGACUACCUAGUCGUACCAUUUAAGUCUGCAUAUUUUGUGUAAAAUAGACGUUUUUGGCGUGCUGACUUAAAUGAUAUUUUUGCAUUUCGAGUUUUGGGGACAGUUGCUAAUGUAAAUAUAUGAAAUUACUCUAUGCAUGAAAUUAUGCUCCUGUUAUUAUUUUAAAAACUCAGUGCGUAUUAUGAGAUAAUAUUGCUUUUCCACUUAUAUACGUUUGAUAGCUUAAUGUUUCAUUCAACUGUGUAAUAGAUGCAAAAUACUAUA